GGGAAAUGCUGUGCCUCGGGGCAUGCGCACGGUGAGUGACAGGGCAGAGGUACAUGGAGCGCUGGGGCCACAGCCGGGCGCCCCUGGAGCCAGCGGUGUCCGGCUGUGGCUCGCAGGCAGGAAGGGUCCUGUGCAAAGACCUAGUGGGUACUGCUGCCAUCGCCUUGAUAAUGUUGCACUGAUGGAAUCAUGCCUACAGUUGAAGAGCAUUCAAGUUUGCUGAAGGUACCUCAGAAUUGGCUUCUUCUUAAUACAGUGACCAUACAGGAUCAAAGAAAAAUAGUCUUCUGUUUUUAAAAUACUGGAGGUUCUUGCUUGUAACAGCAUGGUUUACUGUGAAAAUUGAAAGAAGAAUCUUUCUGGACACUUUAAAGCUAGCUGGUAGACAUAGCAAAAUGCUUUGUAUGAGGCAGGUUUGCUUAUUUGCACUGAGGUGUUACCAGGCUCGGACUCUGUGUAGUGAUCUGCUUUUGAACCAGAUAAAUGGCUGCACCCAUGAAGAUGAAGUGUUCAGCCUUGUUAGAAGGAACAAGACCAGACUUUCUGAAAAGCAUGUGGGAAUUGCAUUGAACAUGCUGUGGCAAUUGCAAAAGAAGAGGCCCUUACUUUUAAGGACUAGUGACUAUGUAAGAAAUCACUCCCAGUUUCUUACCCUUUGCAUUUUGGCAGAAAACAAGGUGAAACACAUGGAAGAUGAGGUGAUAGUGGACAUCUUAUAUAGCAUCCUGAGGCUCGAUGUUGAACACCAUGUUUCUCUAGCAAAAGUGCUUGUUACAGAGGCAUGGAAAAGAUUAGAAAGGCUUAGUUUGCCUGCUCUGUCUAAAUUUGCUCUGUGCUUAUACAAGCAACACAGGCACUUCAGUCCCGUAACUGGCCAAGUAGCUCAUAUUGUGGACAUGAAACUGGAUUCUAUUCAGGAUAUAAGGAUCUUGUCAGUUUUGAUGAUCAGCAUAUCGGAAGUGAUCACAGAGAGUUUUCGAGAUCGAUUAAUACACAAGGCUGAACAGCUCUUAGAAAAAAACAGUGACAUCCACUUCAACUAUGCCAGAAGAAUACUGCAGUUUCUCCAAAAUGUUAAACUGAGAUAUCAUCCAUUGCUAGACAAAUGCAACAAGAUUUUCCUUGAAAGUGCCUCCCAUCUUGAUAUAUACAGUAUUAGUCAUAUUUUUGGACUGUAUGAGCAGCUGGGUUUUGACAAUGCUGAAUUCCGUUUGAUUGCUAAACAGCUUCUAUCUGAAGCUAUAGAUGAUUAUUGUGAUCCUGAAACAUUUGCAAAAUUAUUUUUUUCUCUUGGGCCUAUGGCAGGAUCUGAGGUUAGAGAAAGGUUGCUAGUAACUGCAGUACACAUGGCAGAGGAAUUUAGCAGUCACCAAGUAUUGAUGAUACUGAAGACUAUGCAGAAAAUGAAAUGCAGAAAUUCUCAUCUACUCAAAAAAAUGUCUUCUGUUCUGCACAAACACUUGGAUAGCUACCAUGUGUUACAGUUGGUAAAGUUAACGCAGUGCUUGGUGGUGUUGCAUUGCCAAGAUCUGGAGCUGUUUGCCAAACUAAAAAUGUUACUAUUAGGUUAUUUAAAAUCUAGUGUAAUACCUGCUGAUACUGCAGCCAUAAUACGUGUUCUGACCAUGCUUCCUUCUUUUCAAGUGGAGGAAAUGAUUAUAAACAAAGCAGCAGCAGUUUUGCCUCAAUGCAGACUCCAUCAUUUGAAUUGCAUUGCUACAGCUCUUGCUAAGUGGAAUCAUCAUGGCCAGUUGCACUGGCAAAACAGUUCUGAGCUAUGUGCCAAGCUUCUGCAAAAACUAAAUGACUGUGGAUUUCAGAGGCUUCAGAAAGCCAACAACUUAAAUCUUCUGUUGGAAGAACUUCCAUAUGUGAAUGGAAAGUGGUUUGAACAAGUUCUGAAUGAGGAAACUCUGGCUAUGUUUCAACGCUUGAUAGAUCAAAUAACAUGGGCAAACGUUUUACCCUUGUCUUUUUUUCUCAUAAAAUCAGGCCACCGUUGUCCUGCAUUAUUUGACAGAAUAGCUUCUGUGACUGUUGAAAAUAUAGACAAGAUUCCCCCCUCUGAAAUCUAUUUUAUUCUCUUCCUUUUCUCUGCUUUGAAUUAUGACCCUCCUGACAGUGAAGAAUUCUUUAAGAGUUGUAUCCAACAUCUUACUUCUAACUUGAGUCAUCUUGAAACUUAUCACUUGGUGCUGCUUGGUCAUGUUUUGGCAAUGGCUGGGUAUUUUCCUCCAGUUCUGAUAACAACGAUAUUUAAUGUUUCUUUCCUAAGCAAACUGGAUGCUCAACUUAAAGUCCUGCCUGAUACAGUGAAGCAGAGGGUUGACUUGAGCCUCAUGAAAUUGAACAGAGCAGUCUGUCUGGAAUGCCCAGAGUUUCACAUCCCUUGGUUUCAUGAGCCAUACUGCCAACGUGUCUUUCAUAACAGUACAAGCCGAAUAAAUCCACAGCAACAGCAUAUUCACAGAAUGCUGACAGUGAUCUUAGGAGGGAGCCAUUACUCAAGAAUGUCUGUUGUCACACCGUACUACUAUAAAAUAGAUUUUGAGUGUGUCCUGGAUGUAAAUAAAAAGCCUCUUUCCUAUAUGGCUCAGAAUGUAGCUUUGAAUGGUGUGGAGGGAAUACACUUGAGACAUGACAUGAAGGAUGAAAGGAGAAAGGCUCUGCCACCAGGAGCUCAAAGAGUUGCUUUGGAAUUUCUUAAUUCAAAAGCUUUUAGCAAAGAUUAUUCACGUCAUCUGAAAGGAGAACCUGCAGUGAAAAAGCGACACCUGGAGAUACUGGGGUACCGAGUAGUUCAGAUUCCUCACUUCGAAUGGAAUUCUAUGGUUCUGUCAACAAAAGGUGAACAGCUGGAAUACCUGAGGCAGCAGCUGUAUGGAAUACAGUGAUAUAAGACAUGCAGUUUAAAGUACUUUUAUAAAAAGUUUAUGUACCAUCAAACAUCUUGUAAUCCUGGAAUACUUUUUCAAAAAUCUCCAUCUGUAUCUGCUGGAUCAAGGCUUGCCAAAGUCAUCAGGUGUAAAGAGAUUUAAUCCUCAAUUUAUUAGGGAUUGCAAAAGGCAGGUCACAGUGGACUGUGAAGAUGUGAUAAGGAUACUUAGAAUUUCUCAUUAUCUGCAAGCUAUUACGAGCAAAGGAAUCUGGCAGUUUUGCAAUCAAAUUACAUUAUUAUCUCCUAAAUAAAUAGCACAGAGGCUUAGCCAGACAUAAAACUCUCCACAGAAAAAGUUGGAAAUACUAUUGACUAGGAGAGUGGAGUCAGCAAUCUACUGGAAACUAUGCCUGUCCUCCAGCGUGUGCCAGAAUGAACAGUUAGGAAUCAAGCAGUAUCUGUACUCUGAAACCAAGAAACUGAAAUGCAGAUUUGCUAAGAAUAGUGCUGCUUUUAGAGUCACUCAGUUUCCAUUCUCAGAACAGAGGUACUGUGGGGUACUGUACUGGGGGAGAGAGUUGUGUGGUGAGGAACCUCCAGCUGCUUCUCUUACCCUGUGAUCUGGUGUGUGCAGAAGAAUGGCUGAGCCUUUUGGAACACCUUCACACUUGGAAACCCUGCCAGGUGUUGUGCAAGAGGCAUAAGACACUGAGAUAUAGAAGGAAGAAGUGGAAUAGCCAGGAGAAUGUUCAUUGUAGAGCAGUAACUGCAGGGGUGUCAUGCUUGGCAAAUAAUCCCAUUUCCAGAGGUGGCCACAUUGUGCCUACAGCUGCCAUCACCUUAGGGUGACUGCCAACUGUGCCUGUUUUCUCAUAUGUGCAAUGAGGAUAUGUUUUCUUGCUUAUUUAGUAGAAGCAGAACACAGAGCAGAUGGGUGGUGUAAACCAGUGACCUAACUGGAGCCAAUAAAAAGGUGCUAAGCACAGCUGCAGAUUUGGGUACUAAAGGGAAAAUGCCCUACAGAUUAAGUACUAGUGAACAGUAACAUACUGAGGUGAACUAUGAUAGCUGUGCUUCUGCAUAUGUUUACUUCUGUCUCAUAGGAAGGCAAUGCAAGGGGUCAUUUGAUAGUUGGCACUGCUAUUCAAUCAAAUGUGGUGGCCUUCUUUUCCAGUUUUCCUGCUACCUCAGUUGUAAUUAGAUUUAAAUUUAUGCAAUCCUUUAGACAGAUGACACACUCUUUAUGCAAUGGAGAAAUCCUUUGAAGAGAUACUCUACA